AGAUAGCUGUUAUUGAUGAAAGCUAGUACACUGAUACCAGAACGUCUGGGGUAUAUAAACUUGCCAAUUCGCCCAGUCAAAGCACAUUCACGGUAGCAGUCCCAACCAACCAACUCAACCAUGAAAGCCGCUCUAGUUCUGGUUUGCAUUGCUCUCUUCGUGGGCAUCUACAACGCCGCCUACGUCUGCGAUCCCGAUACCAACAACGCGCCCGACUGCACCAACGCCACCAACCUGAAUCAAAAGAUCCGCAACUUCUUCGAUCCCACUCGCUACUGGAAGUGCGAGGCCGUCGGUACUCAGGCGCCCGUGGCUGUCUUGUGCGAAAAAGAGUUGAACGGCACCACCGGCGGAUUCGAUCCCACACUGAAGAACUGCACCGUGUGGUCAAAUUGGCAAUGGACUCCAUACUGUUAAAUUGACAACGUUUUUAUCAAAUAAUAAAAACCAAUGGCAAAAUAA